AUGUCGUCGGAGUAUGUUUCGAUCGAGGACACUGACAAACUAAAUCAGUGGCUUAUAACAGAACUUGGACCAAUCUGCGAAGCUGAUCCGGCUCAACUUUCAAAAUAUGUUUUUGCGCUCAUCAAAAAGCCUGACAAAACGAAGACCCAAUUGAAGGAAUUUUGCAACGGUCAACUUGAAGCUUUUCUCUCAACUAAUACGAAGCCAUUUGUCGACAAGCUAUUCGACGUGUUGUCGGAUAACUCGUAUGUCCGCCCAAAAGCAAAGAAGGAACCACCGCCAGCACCAUCAUCAAAAGUUGAAGAGCCAAAGGAAAAAUUGAAACGUGGAAAGGAAAACGAAAAGAAAAAUGAGGAUGAGCCGGUGGAAAAGCGAAAAACGAACUCGCCUAAACGCGAAGUUUCGCCAAAGGGUGGCCGUGCUCUUCGUGGACAAAAUGCAGCGGCAUCAAUUAGCCCUCCUGAAGAACAAGUUUCAAGCGCUGAGAAGUUGGGAUCGAGCGCUGAAACUUCUCAAAAAGUAUCACAGCCACAAAGGAUCGUCAGAAAACGCAUUAGCCCUCCGCCACCUGACGAAAAGGAAUUACGCCGUCGACGUUCUCGAUCGCCACCUCGUCGUGGAGGACUUCGGCGCCGAUCACCAGAAAGGAUCGUUCGGCGAAGAUCGCGUUCACGUAGCGCUGAUCGGAAAGAUGAACGAAAGAAGAAACAGCGCUGCCGUGAUUAUGAUGAACAAGGCUUUUGCAUGCGCGGCGAUGCUUGUCAAUUUGACCAUGGACCUGACCCAGUAGUCAUCGAUGAGAAAGGCUGGAAGUCUUCGUCAAAAGGAAUCAUCACAAAGCCACCCAGCUUCCCAACUGCACCGCCAAACUUCAAUCUUCCACCACCAGGAUACACUCCCAUUGGAGCCGCACAACCACCACCACCCGGCAUUGUUGCUGAUGGAGGCUAUAAUCCUGACGCUCCUGCAAUGUCGUUGGACUUCUCGGUGCCACCACCAUCCUUGGUAAUGAACGCUGGAUGGCGGCCAAAUAUUCAAUUUGGUAUGCAACAACAAGGGCAAAUGCUUGAAACUGGUCCUCGCGCUGAUAGGGGUUAUGAUGGUCCUAGAGGUCGUGGCGCUUGGGGUGGACGAGGGCGUGGUGGUCGAGGCGGAAAUCGAAUGCUGCCACGUGUUCGGAAUGACGUUGGAAAAAGUCUGGAGGUCCGUAACAUCCCUGCCGAAUUGAACAACAUUUUGAAGUUGAAUGAGCACUUCAUGCAAUUUGGUGCAAUUGUUAAUUUGCAGGUUCAUUUCCAAGGAGAUCCAGGUGCUGCUUUGGUCACGUAUUCUUCACGUGGAGAAGCAACGAAUGCCUACAAGUCAACGAAUCCUAUUCUUAACAAUCGCUUCAUCAAAGUUUUCUGGCAUAAUCCACCAGAAGCUGCUAAUGGAGAGCCAACUACGGCUAAUGCUGCUACGGGACAAGCUGGAGUACCUGUUUCGGUUGGAGCUGAUGGCGAGAAAGCGGCGGCAUCUGCUUCUCAACCAUCAGAGACUAAACCGGCUUCGCCAAAGAAGACUGAGGUGGUUACUCGAGCUCAAGCUGUGUUCCGAAAUGAGAAAUUCGAGGAGGAAAUGAAGAAAAAGGUUGCCGACCGGGAAGCUCGUAAGAGAGAUAAGGUUCAACUCGCCAAUUUGCAACAAAUGCAGAAAAAGAAGACAGAACUGGUACAGAAGCUACUCACACAACAAAAAGCCGCUUUCGAGUUAGCUAAAAAGGCGACAUCCGAUGAACCAAAGAAGAAAGCGCUGAAGUUAGUGGCCAAGUUAAAGAAACAAAUUGACACAUUACGUGAUGAGCAAAAGCAAGCAACUGAAAAGAUUGAAGAGCUCCAACAAAAGCGUGUCGAAGAAGAGGAAGCUGCAAAGAAGGCUGCUGAGGCAUCGAAGGCUCCAAUAACAGCUGAUGAGUCGGUCGAAAGCACGGCCUCACAAGAUGCAGAUAAAGUUGGUAAAGAUGGCAAAACUCUCAUCAUUCGUGGCUUCGACUCAAAUGACAACAUUGAUGAACUGCGACUCACUUUGGAAAUUGGCGGCCUAAACCCAGCUAGCUUUGAGGUGAUUCAACUUGGAAAGGAUGCAAAGGCGUUGGGAACUUAUGAAACGCCCGAAAAAGCACGACAGGCAGUGAUCACAAAGAAUAUCGUGCAUGAAGGUCGUCGCGUUCGAUUCGGUUGGCCAACGCAAAGCGAGCUCGAUCAAAAGGCGCUGCCGACUACCGAGGAUAUUGUUGCUACACUCGGUCAGCAAUCGGAUUCCGAGACGGAAGAGCCUGUUGUC